CUGCCCCCCGCGCUCCGUCCUCCGCCGCCGCGCCAGCCGCGUCCCCAUCCCCGUCCCGAUCCCGGCAGGACCUCCCCAUCCUCCUCUUGCCUUCUGACUGCCCUACGCGCUCUUUGCUUUCUCGCUCUCUCGCUCUCUCGCUCUUUCUCUUUCUUGCUCUGCGAGCGCCGAGCGCAGGGGAAGAGGAGGAGGCAUUCUUUCCCCGCCUAACAUUUCAAGGGACGCGAUCCCCUCCAAGUCUCUUCCACUUCCAAGCCGCUUCCGAAGUUGCUACCGGUGACCGCAACUCCGGAUCCCACGCCGAGAGGGGAGCCUCCCGGCUGCAGAGCCUCCUUCGCGCGCUCGCUUCCCCCUCCUCUCGCUACCUCCACCGCCACCUCCACCUCCGCACCCACCCGCCGCCUGCAGCAGCGCCUCCUCUCCUCUCCUCCUCCUCCUCCUCCUCCUCCUCCUCCUCCUCCUCCUCCUCCUCCCCUCUUCUCUCUGGCAGCCGCUGGACGUCCGGUGUGGAUGGUGGCAGCGGCGGCAGCCUGAGCAGCAGCAGCCUCGCAGCGCGCCGGCUCUCGCCCGCCCGCCUCGCCCUCCUCCUGCAGCCCUCGCGCCCGAUCUCCCGAAAGGUGCGGGGCCGGCUCGGGGCGGCGGCGGCGGCGGCGGCGGCGAAGCGGAGGCAGGAUGAGCGCACGCGGCGAGGGCGCCGGGCAGCCGUCCACUUCAGCGCAGGGACAACCUGCCGCCCCGGCGCCGCCGAAGAGAGGACGCGGCCGCCCCAGGAAGCAGCAGCAAGAGCCAACCGGUGAGCCCUCUCCUAAGAGACCCAGGGGAAGACCCAAAGGCAGCAAAAACAAGAGUCCCUCCAAAGCAGCUCAAAAGAAAGCAGAAGCCACUGGAGAAAAACGGCCAAGAGGCAGACCUAGGAAAUGGCCACAACAAGUCGUUCAGAAGAAGCCUGCUCAGGAGGAGACUGAAGAGACAUCCUCACAAGAGUCCGCCGAGGAGGAUUAGGGGGCGCCCACGUUCGAUUUCUACCUCAGCAGCAGUUGGAUCUUUUGAAGGGAGAAGACACUGCAGUGACCACUUACUCUCUAUUGCCAUGGUCUUUCCACUUUCAUCUGGGGGUGGGGGGGGAGCAGGGGGGCGGGGGGGCAGGGCGGGGGGCCUGGGGGGUGGGGGAGAAAUCACAUAACCUUGAAAAGGACUAUAUUAAUCACCUUCUUUGUAAUCCCUUCACAGUCCCAGGUUUAGUGAAAAACUGCUGUAAACACAGGGGACACAGUUUAACAAUGCAACUUUUAAUUACUGUUUUCUUUUUUCUUAACCUACUAAUAGUUUGUUGACCUGAUAAGCAGGAGCGGGUGGGUGAGGAAAAAGACAAGCAAAAAACCCACAGACUUCCGAGCCGGGUUCACUCAGUCACUGCACUGCACACAGGCCAGAAAGUGUCACGCUCGCCCGUGACAUGGGGCAUUCCCGUGGGAAAGGCGCGGUGUUCAACACUGUGUACACCUCAACCACCACCCGACCCGCUCGCCCUAGUGAAGCUUCUGUUUAGAACACCAAAGAUAGGACUAGAUAUACUACUUCUCUCUUUUUCGUAUAAUCUCGUAGACACUUACUUGAUUUUUUUUUUUUUUUGGUUUUUUGGUUUUUUGGGGGGUUUUUUUGGUUUUUGGUUUUGUUUUUGGUAACCUAUAUUUCUAAAUGAGACUAAAUGCUGAUGUAUCCUUUCAUCCAGCUCACACACCAGAUCAGGUUAUGUUCACUUGUCAGAAAAAGGGAAGGAAGCGAACAGAGAUUGCCCACUCCUGUGUUUGUGGCCGUCGCACCUGUCUGCAGGAGUAAGCGAUGGACUCACAGGCCCUCGUUUUCUGGAAAACACUCAUCCGGGUUUAGAACCUACUUCCUCUAGAGCCAAAUGCCAUUUUGCAAUAAAUCACACUUGUUACCUUCAAAGCAUGUAAGGCACCUAGACAAGCAAAAUGAUCCUCUCGGUGAUUUAAUGAGAGGGUACAGCAGAAUAAUGCAUGAUGAGCUCACCUGAAUUAGGUGAGAGGAGCGAAAUCUAAAUUUCUUCUGCUAUAGUUAUUCUACAGUUUAAAAAAACAAAACAAAAAAAAAGCGAUCUCUAUUUCUCUCUCUCUAUCUCUCUCUGUCUCUCUCCUCUCUUCAUUAUGUAUCAGUUUCCGUGAAAGACCUAAAUACCACUUACCUCAAAUUAAGUGUAUGUAUUACUUCAAGUAAUACGUUUUUUUGACAUAGGAUGGUUGCCUGAGGUGCUUAACUUUGGCUUCAGUUCACCGUCUCUUCAUUCAAACUGCACUUUUAGCCAGAGAUGCAAUAAUAUAUCCCCACUACUCAAUACUACCUCUGAAUGUUACAAUUAAUUUACAGUCUAGUACUUAUUACAUGCUGCUAUACACAAGCAAUGCAAGAAAAAGAAAAACGUAAUGGGUGUAGGCGAUGCUGAUCAUCUGCGGUUCUUUUUGUACACUUCAUUACAGUUAAAGAAGCAGUCUCCUUACUGUGUUUCAGCAUGGCUAUGUAUUUUUCUAUUUUUUUAAUUAAAAUUUUACAAAUACUUGUUUCAGCUUCUCUGCUAGAUUUCUACGUUAACUUGAAUUUUUUUUUUUUUUUACCCAAGUCGCUCCUAGGUUCUUAAGGAUAAUUUUCCUCAGUCCACACUACACAGCACACAAAAUUUGACUGUAAUGUUUAAAUCUUACCCUCCAAGUGUGUACCUCAAAUGACUUGUUUAAGGCAAUGGACUAAUUGACUUGCAAAGACCUACCUCCAGACUUCAAAAGGAAUGAACUUGUGACUUGCAGCAUUCAUUUUUGUCAAUGUUUGAAACCGUUCAAACUGUCCCUAUCCCUAGUCCCACCUAUUUUUGUAAGAGACGUUUGGUAGAAAGGAACACAUUUUUACAUACUUUCUGCAAAGAAAUAAAUAAAAGCCAACCUUCAAAGAAACUUGAAGCUUUGUAGGUGUGAUGCAACAAGCUCAGCUUUUGCAUGAUGCAAUCAACAAUAUGUGUCUUUAAGAUUAGUUGAAUAUGAGAAAAUGCUUGACAGAUAUUUUCAUGUAUUUUACACAAAUGUGAUUUUUGUAAUAUGUCUCAACCAGAUUUAUUUUAAGCGCUUCUUAUGUAGUAGAGUUUUUAUUGCUUUCUCUCCUAGUGAGUGUGCUGACUUUUUAACAUGGUAUUAUCAACUGGGCCAGGAGGUAGUUUCUCAUGACGGCUUGUGUCAGUAUGGCUUUCAGUACUGAAGCCAAAUGAAACUCAAAACCAUCUCUCUUCCAGCCACUUCAGGGAGGUCAUUUCAGAGGCCACAUACCUCUCUGAGACUGGCAGAUGGCUCACUGUUGCGAAUCACCAAAGGAGCUACGGAGAGAAUUAAAACUCAACCUUACUGUUAACUGUGCAUUAAAUAAGCAAAUAAACAGUGGCUCAUAAAAAUAAAAGUCCCAUUCCAUAUCCUCGGUUGGGCCUUUUCAAAACCUCAUUGGCCAGCUCAUAAAAACUAAAGCGAGUUGCUCAUGUUGGCCAAACUCGGAGCACCGAGCGAUUUCCAUCUCUGAUGAAGUUACUCUCUUAUUUCCUAUACGUUGUACAAUCAAAACACACUACUACCUCUUACGCCCCAGUAUACCUCAUUUUUCAUACUGAAAAAAAAAAAAAGCUUGUGGCCAAUGGAACAGUAAGAACAUCAUAAAAUUUUUAUAUAUAUAGUUUAUUUUUGUGGGAGAUAAAUUUUAUAGGACUGUUCUUUGCUGUUGUUGGUCUCAGCUAAGUAAGACUGGACAUUUAACUUUUCUACCAUUCUGCAAGUUAGGUAUGUUUGCAGGAGAAAAGUAUCAAGACGUUGAACUGCAGUUGACUUUCUCCCUGUUCCUCCGAGUGUCUUCUAACUUUAUUCUUUGUUCUUCAUGUAGAGUUGCUGUCUAUGAUUGUACUUUGAAUCGCUUGCUUGUUGAAAAUAUUUCUUUAGUGGAUUAUCACUGUCUGUUCUACACAAUAAACAUAACAGCCUCUGUGA